AUGGCUGUGGCUCGAGAUACUUUCUAUCGCCGUUCCCUAGGUCCGACACUUAACGCGAAUGUCAAGGAGGCCCGAGUCCUGAUGGUUGGCGCGGGCGGAAUUGGCUGUGAGUUACUGAAGAACCUCGUUUCCACCGGAUACGGCGAAGUCCACAUAGUCGACCUCGACACGAUCGAUCUGAGCAACCUCAACCGCCAGUUUCUCUUCCGACAUGAACAUAUCAAGAAAUCGAAAGCCUUUGUAGCCAAGGAAGCAGCCGAGAAAUUCAACCCGAAUGUCAAGAUCGUCGCAUACCAUGACAAUAUUAAGGACGCGCAAUUCCACGUUGGAUGGUUUAGGAGUUUUAACCUGGUUUUCAAUGCGCUGGACAAUCUUGAAGCGCGACGACAUGUGAAUCGAAUGUGCCUCGCAGCCGACGUUCCGCUAAUUGAGAGUGGAACUACGGGUUUCAACGGCCAAGUUCAAGUCAUCAAGAAAGGAGUCACAGCUUGUUACGAUUGCACUACCAAGGAGGCACCUAAAAGUUUUCCCGUCUGUACGAUUCGAAGCACGCCAAGCCAACCUAUUCACUGUAUAGUCUGGGGUAAGAGUUACCUUCUCAACGAAAUCUUUGGCACGAGCGAGGACCAAGCCACUCUCGACGUCACCGAAAAUGAAGACAACGCGACGGAGAUCGUAGAGCUGAAGAAGGAGGCAGAGGCCUUGAGGAAGAUAAGAGAGUCGGUUGGUACGGAGCAAUUCCCUGAGAUGUUGUUCGACAAAGUGUUCCAUAAGGAUAUCGUCCGUCUGCGUACUAUGAAAGACAUGUGGAAGUCGAGAGAGCCGCCAAAGCCUCUGGACUACAAGUCUCUCAUGGCCCAGGCUUCUGAAGCCAUCGCAAACAAGGACGCGAUCAUUAAGGACGGGCAACGCGUAUGGGGUCCAGAGGAGAAUCUAGUCGUUUUUAAUGACAGCUUGGAUCGCCUUAGCAAGCGUAUGUUGAAAUUGAUAGAGGCGCAUAAUGUGGAUAUGCCGAAACCUACGAUCAGCUUUGAUAAAGAUGACGAGGACACUCUCGAUUUUGUCGCUGCGAGCGCGAAUCUUCGAUCACAUAUAUUCGGAAUCGAAAGUAAAUCGCGAUUUGAUAUCAAGCAAAUGGCUGGCAACAUUAUCCCAGCCAUUGCAACUACUAAUGCGAUUGUCGCUGGUCUAUCUGUCCUUGAAUCUUUCAAGGUUCUCAAGGGAGACUAUGACAAAGCACGAGAGGUUUUCCUCACGCCUUUCGCGCCGCAAAGAUUACUGGGGACUGAUCGUCCUCGGCCACCGAAUCCGGAUUGCCCAGUAUGUGGCUCAUACAACACUACUGCAUAUGUCGACCUAUCAAAAGCGACACUCAACGAUCUCGUCGAGGACUUCGUCAAGAUACAACUAGGUUACGGCGAAAAAGAAUUCGCAGUCAAUAUUGAAGCCGGCCUGCUCUACGACCCGGACGAAAUAGACAACCUCGAAAAGAACCUUAGCGAACUUGGUGUCAAGCACAAUGGUUUCGUGACGAUUGUUGACGAGGAUGACGAAGACACCUUCACCAAUGUCGUCAUCAACAUUCAAGAAUCUGAGCUCGCCGAUAAACCUAUCAAGGGUCUCGAAGCCGACCAAGUGCCAUCCAUACCUCGCAAGCCAAAGAAGGUGCUCCCUCCUGUGGAAAGCAAUGGGGUUGGCCAAGCCAACGGCAAGCGUAGUAGUGAUUUGCACACCGCUAUCAAGGACCCGAAGAAACGGGCCAGAGUAGACGAUCAUGAUUCACCGAUGUUGAAGAAGUCGAAGAACGAUGAUAUUGUCGUCAUCGAAGACGAUGUAGGUACCGGGGCUAUUGAGAUCCUGGACUGAGUGUUCAUCAUCCUAGAUCAGCCGAAUAUGUGGGCCUAUGUUGCACUCAAGCCUCCGUCGAUGUUUAGGACGCAAUUAUGUGCGUAAGAAUUUCUGGCUAAAAAUAAGGCGGCAUCUGCAACUUCUUCGGCCAGCCCCUGGCGCCCCAAAGGGAUCGAAGCAGAAAGCUCACCAUUUUUAUCCAUCUCUACGCAUACUUUGUAUAUUAGUAAUCGUGUAAUCUGCAAAAGGUAUGUAGCAGGUCAGGGGCAGCAAAGGUUUUAACGAGGGACUUUGGACGGGAAAAAGAGACACCAAAAAGCGAUCAGGAAAGGGUAAGCUUAAUGAAGAU